AUGGGAAGCUACGACGGCGCUGAAACUUGUGAACUCGUGGGAAGCUUUCUGCUCUCCCAACUCCAGGAUCUUAGAUUAAACGUGACAAACUUGGAGGAGAAGGGUCGCCUGAAAUGUCACCAGUACUGGCCAUCAGAAGGUACAGAAUCGUAUGGUGACAUUAAAGUAACCUUGGUGCAGACGGUGGAGCUCAGUGAAUUCACCAUCCGCACCAUGACUCUAAACCACGCCAAUAACACCGAGCAACGAACGGUCAAUCAAUAUCAUUACACAGUAUGGCCGGACCAUGGCGUUCCUGAGUGUCCAUCUUCACUCCUCACGUUUGUGAGAAAGGCUUCUGGAGCAAAUCCUCCAGACGCGGGGCCUAUGGUUGUUCACUGCAGUGCUGGAGUGGGAAGAACUGGUACAUUCAUUGUGGUAGACGCAAUGUUACGCCGCAUUGCUGCAGAGAAAACAGUGGAUGUCUACGAUUAUGUCACGUCACUGCGACAAGAUAGAAAUUUGAUGGUGCAAGUUGAAGAACAGUACAUUUUGAUACAUGAUGUCCUGGUGGAGGCCAUCCAUUCCGGAUUUACUGAGAUACACGCAAAUGAUCUCAGAUCUCACAUUAAGAACCUCAUGCAAGUGAACCAAACGAGUGGCCAAAGUGAGAUGGAUGAGGAGUUCAUUCGGUUAGGUCGCUGCUUCAGCGCUUCUCAGUUCACAACUCAGGCUGCUAACAUGGCCUGCAACGCGACCAAGAAUCGUUAUCCAAAUGCGUUUCCCUAUGAUGAAACCCGGGUUAAACUGAGUGUAAUCUCGGGCGUGGAAGGCUCCGACUACAUCAAUGCUAACUUCAUUGAUGGUUACAUGGCCAGGAGAGCAUUUAUUGCAACUCAGGCACCCAUACCUGACACUAUUCCAGACUUUUGGCGAAUGAUCUGGGAACAAGAAUCUUCCACCAUAGUCAUGUUAUCCAAGGAAACAGAAGGUGGCAAGGAUCAAUACGAGUUUAUUUACUCUGCUCUCAGUGAGUACUUAGACUCGUUCGAUGCCUACA